GGAGAGUCUUUGGUGGGGUCGUUGACCAAGUCUCAUUUAUGUGUUUAAAAACAGUAUCUUUAAUGUGGAACUGAAAAGUCUUAAACGCAGGCAAAUUCAUCAGCUUCAAGCUAAUGGAUUUGUUCAAGAAGUCGACAAAGGAUAGCUCAUCACUACAAAUUCGCGGGGGAUCUUCCCCUGCUCUUCCCAGUCCACAUGUAUCCAAAGGCAAGCAGAUUGAACAAGGUCAUGGAGAAGUGGUUACACACUUUAUAUCACUUCCAUUAGCUAUAUACCCUGAGCUGAAACAAAAGGUUGAGGCUUUUCGGAAUUAUAUAUUGGGUGACAAUAACGAUAAAAAACCUUUGAAGUUUCAGAGAACUUUAGAUGAAAUGGGAAUCGAAAAGUCGAUGUUUAUUUCGCCAAACAGUUUACACUUGACCGUGGUUAUGUUAAAGUUAGAGAAUAAGGAAGCUGUGGAUGCAGCUCAGGAUAUCCUCAAGAGUGUUUCUGCAAGUGUGAGGCAUGCUUUGGAUAACCGUCCUGUCUUCAUACGACUUAAAGGAUUGGAUUGUAUGAAUGGAUCUUUAGACAAAACCCGAGUGCUCUAUGCACCUGUUGAAGAAGUUGGGGGUGAUGGCCGGCUGCUAAGGGCUUGUAAUAUAAUCAUAGAUGCAUUUGUGAAUGUUGGAUUUGCUGGGAAAGAUGCAAAGUCACGCUUAAAGCUACAUGUCACGAUGAUGAAUGCAACCUACAGAAGGGAUAAAAGCAAAGGGAUGACUUUCGACGGACGAGAAAUACAUAAAGAGUUUGGGAGAACGGAUUGGGGUGAAUAUCUAAUCAGAGAGGCUCAGAUCUCAAAACGGUUUUGGUAUGACGCGAACGGCUACUUCCAUUGCUGUGGUUCACUACCUUUUCCACAUAAGUGACACUGAAAAGGAUCACUAUCCACUCCACAGAUUCUUGGUCAAAAUAGACUAUGAUCAGUGGUAAUGUCAAUUAUGUAAUGCAUGUGUGUGUAUCAUAUAUAGCAGUUGGUAACUGUGGCUUGUGACAUUAAUGUGUUUUGAUUUACACUUCAUAUAUAAUAUGGUUUGCUAUACUGAAUAAA